AUGAGGAUGGUAUUAAUUACAAGAUAUUUACCAUCGGUAAAUGAGAAUAAUUUACCAUCAUUGGACAAUGUGACAUCAAAGGAUGCAAUUGUAGAUACUGUGAUGCAAAAUAGUACGGUUGGUAUCAUCAAUCAGUUGAUGGUGUUGGCUGGUCACGCCAAUAGCAUAUUUGCAUCGCUUACACAAGAGUCGGCAGCCAUUACACAGAGAUUGAACAAUCUGAAUCAGCGUAUGACACCACUCAUCCAGAUGAUCCCAACUGUAGAGAGCUACCAUCAGAGAAGCAGUAUCGAUGUGUUGAACAGCCAUCCGCGUGCCGAGUACCACGCCGACAACCCCGAGAAGCAUCAGAUGUUCCUCAGCACAAUGGUACCACCCACCGUCAAGGAGGUGUACCAGGGAUGUCAGGCACCACCCAAGUUGCAUUUACUCGACCCCUACAUGGACAACAAUCAAAAGAGUCUCAAGCUCUACACCAACCCCGACUUUUUCAUUGACGAGUGGGUGGCCGAGCAAACCAAGUUGCGUGAAGAGGCCCGUCAACGUCGUCGUGAGCGUAAAGAGGCCCGUCUCAAAAAGAAGACUGAAAAGACGGCCGAGACGAGCGAGGUCAAGGUGAAACGUGUGCACAAGGUGCGUUACGAUCCCGUCACUGGUGAGAAGAUUCUCAUCCCCUUUGACUCGCCCGCCGCACCCUCGUCUGCUCCCACUGCAGGCUCGGCUCACGUCUCCAAUCUGUCGAUGCAGCCUGCUGCCCACGGCAACCAUCUGCCACCUCCUCCCUCCAACUACCCAGCCCCUCCACCAGCCGUCCACAACAGUGGUGGUAGUGCCGGCGGAGGUUUCAAUGCCAUGCCACCACCCCCACCUCCACAAGACCACCAUUAUCAUCCUACUGCUAGUGGACAUGGUGGAUUGCCACCCCCACCACUUUCACAAAGCUCGUCUGCCUAUUUCCAAACACCACCACCUCCCAGUGCACAAAACCACUACGCCACUCCUCCACCAACUGGUAUGGGCGCCGGCUCGAGACAGUCGGUCAUCCAAUCCAACGCUGCUCCACCUCCUCCACCCCCACCCGCACCAGCUCCACCUCCACCACCUCCUCCCAUGUCGGCCAAGAAUCCAUUGGCUUCUGCACUCGAAGGUGCCAAUCUCAAGGCUACCGAAAUCAAACCAAAGGCUCAAGACGCCAGAUCCGAUCUCCUCUCGUCCAUCAUUGCCGGUCGUUCACUCAAACCAAUGGAAGAACGUGCCGUUCCUGAACCAGUCGCUUCAAAGGAUUCAGGUGCUAUCAAUGUAGCCGAUAUUCUUGCAAGAAGAAUUGCUUGGGCUCCUUCAGAUUCUGAAGAUGAUGAUUCUGAUGAUGAUUCAGAUUGGGAUUAA